AUGCAUCCUUUUGUCAGGAAUGGAAUACAAACUCCAAUUCUCCUGAGCAAUAUGCGUCUCACUGCAGUGUAACGUCUUCUGAGAGUCAAGCAUCUGGACAGACCCGUAUGGAGCAACGAUUCACUGGGAACAACGGUACACCCUACUUCUGUGAACUGUGUGGUCUUAACUGUUCCUCUAAACAACAGCUUGAUUGUCAUCUAGCAGGUAAAAGACACUUGAAACAACUCAGAAAUCGAGAAACACACUUAUCUGGUCAUUUGUCAGUCAAUUCUACAUUGGGUUUACAGUUAAACCAGUUUAAUGAAUCAGAGGAAUGUCUUUCACAAAUUUUCACUUCAGUAAAUCAGACUGUUGAAAAUCCAGUAAGAGUUUGUCAAAUGGUUGCACAUUGGUUAAGAAAUGUCAUAGAUCUUGAGUCUAAAGUGGAGUCAACAAAUAACAUCUCCCCAUUGUUUGUAUCACCAACGUCAUCUCCGACUCUUUCAUGUCAGAGGGAAACUGAUGCAGUUUUAGGAGCAUCACCUUCGGAACGGAGCAACGGUCGUUCUCUUGAAAGUAUGCCGUUCUGUAAACAUGCUGAUUGUGUUCUACUAAGGUCACUGCAA